CGAGCAGUCCAGGCGGUCAUGGAGCUUCCACUGUAAAAAUUCACGAAGACGCACUCUUCAAGAUGGUUUCCUACUGCGACAAUGUGAUUGAUUGUCGUCGUCGGCUCAUCCUAGCUCACUUUGGAGAGGCUUUCGACUCGACGAACUGCGCUUUGGUGGUUGGUUGUGAAUGUGACAAUUGUCAUGCGGCUGAACAUCAAAAGGUGACUCAGAGAGAUCUCACAGUUGAUGCCAAGGCUCUUGUUGAAUCGGUGAUUAGCCUCGUCAAUUGUCGACGCAAUGUCACUCUCAACUACCUGGUGGAUAUUUUUAGAGGAGCACAGACGGCUCAAGUUCAGCGUCUUAGAGAUAACAGCCUCCCCAUUUAUGGAAAGGGUUCGAACUACUCGAAAAUGGAUGCGGAGCGUCUUCUUCACAAAUUACUCGCUGAUCGAGUGCUCAAUGAGGAAUUUUCUGUCACUGCUGCGGACACAAUUGCUACUUAUCUGCGACCUGGUCCUAAAACCAACCUUCUUCUUGACGGUAAACUCCAGAUAAUGCUUCCAGUUGCAGUGAACGUGAAGGCUCGUGGAGCUGACGUCCCCGUGGUUGGUGAGCAGCCUAAAGAUAAGUUUGCCAGUGUGCGCAAAGAAUGCUACGAAUCUCUCGUCAAGAUCGCCAAGCAGCUCACCUCCUACCAGGGUAUCUCCAACUACGCCAUCGUAUUUCCCAACGAGAUGCUUCUGGAGAUUGCUGAUCAGCUGCCCACUUCGAAGGAGGAGCUGCUGAAGAUACCGCAGUGCACAGAGUACAAGUUGACGCGAUUCAAUGCCACCGACUCCUUCCUUGAUGUGACUCUCAAGUACCUCUCAAUUCUUGGAAUUCUCAAGCAAGAGGAGAAGGAGUUGAAAAAGACGGCAGAUCAACUCGUCGCGGAGCAACCAGGUCGAGCAUUUGGAGCCAAAAGAGCGGGUGCAAAACGGGCUACAGCUGCCCGUGGAGGUGUUGUCAAAAGUGGAGCCUAUAAACGACCCGCUCCUUCAAAUUCUGGAUGGCUUCAGUCCGGCUCAAGCACUGGUGGUGGUGCGUCCAAGCCGAAAUUGAUGAAACUAACAACUCGAUUUCAAUAG